AUGGCCAAUCAACCCCAAUCUUCCGUUGGGUACUCUGUUACUAUUUCUCCUAGCCCAGGCAUCCCAUCACCUCGCCUGGAUACAAAAUUGGGCACCCCUCCUUUCCCCACACCACCACCACCAUCAUCAUCACCAUCAGGGCCAAGGUUUCCUCCUCCACCGUUUAUACAAUCAAAUCAGAUUCCAUCAAUGAAGACUCCAAAUUUACCAUCACCUGCAAAUGGGAUCCGAACAGUUAGCCCUGUUCCUCGAAUGAGCACUCCACCUGGCCCUCCUGUGUUCUCAUCACCUCUCCAACCAGCUGCUGUGCCAUUCAGAACAUCUCCUGCAUCUCCUCAGCCUGUCGCUUUCUCCUUGGGCUCAUCUUUACCAACAUCAUCGCCUUCCCAUUUUUCAAAUGGGUCAGCUGAGUUGCAGCACCAAAUUUCUGACGUUAAAGAGGAAUUGGCUCAUGUUGCAGAAUCUCCUAAUGUUUUAUUCUCAGCUCACAAGGUUCUGAAACAGAAGAAACUAGCCAACGUACCCAGUUUAGGUUUUGGGGCAUUAGUUUCUCCCGGAAGGGAGGUUUCACCAGGUCCUCAAAUAAUUCAACGUGACCCCCAUUGCUGCCAGAAUUGUGGAGCUUAUGCCAAUCUCUACUGCAAUAUUUUACUUGGCUCAGGCCAGUGGCAAUGUGUGAUUUGCCGAAAUUUGAAUGGAAGCGAAGGGGAAUACAUAGCCCCCAGCAAAGAAGAGCUCAGGAAUUUUCCAGAACUAUCCUCUCUCUUGGUCGAUUAUGUCCAGACUGGGAACAAGAGACCUGGCUUUAUUCCUGUGUCUGAAUCUAGAAUGUCAGCGCCUAUAGUUCUGGUAAUAGAUGAGUGUUUAGAUGAGCCACACCUGCAGCAUCUACAAAGCUCCUUGCAUGCAUUUGUUGAUUCUUUGCCCCGAACAACAAGACUAGGGAUUAUACUCUAUGGCCGCACAGUUUCUGUGUAUGAUUUCUCAGAAGAAUCAACUGCAUCUGCAGAUGUACUUCCCGGUGACAGAUCUCCCAGUCAGGAGUCCAUAAAAGCUUUGAUCUAUGGGACUGGGAUAUAUUUGUCUCCAAUUCAUGCUUCCCUCCCUGUUGCCCAUGCUAUUUUUUCAUCCUUAAGGCCAUAUAAACUGAAUCUACCUGAAGCUUCUCGAGACCGCUGCUUAGGUACUGCAGUGGAGGUUGCCAUGGCCAUAAUUCAGGGGCCAUCAGCAGAAUUGUCUAGAGGGGUUGUUAAAAGGCCCGGUGGAAAUAGCAGAAUAAUUGUGUGCGCUGGUGGACCCAGUACUUAUGGUCCCUGUUCUGUUCCUUAUUCUCUCAGCCAUCCAAACUACCCACAUAUGGAGAAAACAGCUUUGAAGUCGAUGGAGAAGCUAGGCAGUGAGGCUCAUAGACGUAACACAGUGGUUGAUAUACUAUGUGCCGGAACAUGUCCAAUAAGAGUUCCUGUUUUGCAGCCCCUUGCAAAAGCAUCUGGUGGUGUUUUCAUUCUCAAUGAUGACUUUGGAGAAGCAUUUGGUGUGAACUUGCAGAGGGCAUCUACAAGGGCUGCAGGUUCUCAUGGUUUACUGGAAAUCCGUUGUUCUGACAAUAUUUUUGUUAGUCAGGUGGUUGGCCCUGGUGAGGAGGCACAUACGGGCAGUCAAGAAACAUUCAAGAAUGAUGGUGCUUUAGCAAUACAGAUGCUUAGUGUUGAAGAAACACAAAGUUUUGCAGUGUCAUUGGAGACUCGUGGAGACAUCAAGAGUGAUUUUGUGUACUUUCAAUUUGCUAUUCAAUAUUUAAAUAUUUAUCAAGCUGAUGUCUCAAGAGUGAUUACCGUUAGAUUGCCUACCGUAGAUAGUGUUUCAACAUAUCUAGAGAGUGUUCAGGAUGAAGUGGCUGCAGUUCUUAUUGCUAAGAGAACUCUCUUACGAGCCAAAGACUCAAGUGAUGUUCUUGAUAUGCGGAAAAUGAUAGAUGAGAGAAUUAAAGAUAUUGCUAACAAGUUCGGUUCCCAAAUGCCCAAAUCAAAGCUUUUUCGGUUUCCCAAGGAGCUCUCUUUAUUGCCAGAACUCCUAUUCCAUCUCAGAAGAGGCCCACUUCUUGGAAGUAUACUUGGUCAUGAAGAUGAGAGGUCUGUGUUGCGAAGCUUGUUCCUUAACGCAUCGUUUGAUCUAUCUCUUCGUAUGGUGGCACCUCGCUGUUUAAUGCAUCGGGAAGGUGGAACUUUUGAGGAACUGCCGGCUUAUGACCUUGCAAUGCAAUCUGAUGCUGCAGUUGUUCUUGAUCAUGGCACCGAUGUCUUUAUUUGGAUGGGUGCUGAACUUGCUGCCCAGGAAGGAAACAGUGCUGCAGCUUUGGCAGCUUGUAGGACAUUGGCUGAAGAGCUCACUGAAAUGAGAUUUCCAUCUCCUAGAAUUCUUGCAUUUAAGGAGGGGAGCUCUCAGGCUAGAUAUUUUGUUUCUCGACUGAUACCAGCACACAAAGACCCCCCUUAUGAGCAAGAGGCAAGAUUUCCUCAGCUUCGAACUUUGACUACAGAGCAGAGAACAAAACUAAAGAGUAGUUUUAUUCAUUUUGAUGAUCCUAGCUUCGAUAUUUGUAUUAUUUGGAAGUUUUUCAGGCCCUGUUUAUCAAUAACAUACCGUGUAGAACAUUGGUGCUCACCGAGGAAACUUUUCCGAUUGGUUUGUCCUGUGCUGUGA